AUGCUAUUUACAAAUAUCGCCCGUGCUGCCGCUUUGCGACCCACCCUUUCACGCCAGGUUGCACACUUUUCCACUACUCGUUUCGCUAUGGCUCCAAAGCAUCACAAAGUCAUUGUCAUUGGCUCAGGUCCUGCUGGCCAUACAGCUGCUAUCUAUCUCGCACGAGCCAACUUGAACCCCACACUCUUUGAAGGCAUGAUGGCCAAUGGCUUUGCUCCUGGUGGACAGCUUACAACCACGACCGAUGUCGAGAAUUUCCCUGGUUUCCCUGAAGGUGUUUUGGGUGGUCCUCUCAUGGAUAAGAUGCGGGCACAAUCGGAACGAUUCGGCACAGCUAUUGAAACUGAAACGAUCAGCAAGCUCGACUGUAAGCAACGACCUUUCCAGUUGUGGCGUGAAGGUUAUGAGGGUGAAAAGGAGCCUACGGAUACAAGUGAUGCUGUCAUCAUUGCCACGGGUGCCUCGGCCAAGCGUAUGAAUUUGCCCGGUGAAGACAAGUACUGGCAACAUGGUAUUUCAGCAUGUGCUGUAUGUGAUGGUGCUGUGCCCAUUUUCCGUAACAAGCCUCUCGUCGUUGUUGGUGGUGGCGAUUCUGCUGCUGAAGAAGCCAUGUAUUUGACAAAGUAUGGCUCUCAUGUCCAUGUCUUGGUGCGUCGUGAUCGUCUUCGUGCUAGCAAAGUGAUGGCUUCUCGUCUCUUGAAACACCCCAAGGUUACUGUGCACUUUAACAAGGUCGCCACCGAGGCAUUGGGUGAUGGUAACUUGUUGACGGGCGUGGCAACCAAGGAUACACAAACUGGUGAACAAGGCAAAAUCGAUGCCAACGGCUUGUUUUACGCUAUCGGUCACGAGCCUGCAACUUCUCUUGUAAAGGGACAAGUGGAUCUCGAUGAGCAAGGUUACAUUUUGACUGUCCCUGGUUCGACUCUUACCAAUGUGCCGGGUUUGUUUGCAGCUGGUGACGUACAAGACAAACGUUAUCGCCAAGCCGUUACGAGUGCAGGAUCUGGUUGUAUGGCCGCCUUAGAUGCUGAGAGAUACCUAAGUGAAUUGGAAGAGGAAGGAGGUCAACAUAUCCAAGCCAAGCUAUAA